CAAUGAGCAAAAACUACGUUGCCGGCAGCGAAUGGGGAGAUUCGACACGUUCUCAGCAAUCUUGGACUUGUGUGCAUAAGUGGCUUGAAACCUGCAUCCAGUCGCACAAGUCCUGUUCCUCACAGCCUUCGGUAGCUUCAUGGAAACCGACGCGACUGCUCGAUCUAGGUCCUAUGGGAGCGAAGCUCCUUCCACGUCUUAUCGAACAUGAAGAGAUACCCGCAGGAGUGGUAUAUGCGACUCUCAGUCAUUGUUGGGGUUCUGCAAAAGUUUUCAAACUUCAGAAAGGAAGUAUCUCCACGGCUAAGAAUCAAGUAUCUUUUCGUCACUUGUCAAAAACCUUUCAAGAUGCAGUUGAAGCCUGUCGGAGAAUGAAAAUCAGAUACCUCUGGAUAGACUCCCUUUGUAUCAUACAGGAUUCGUCUGAAGAUUGGGAUGCGGAAGCAUCUAGGAUGGAAUACGUUUACAACCAUUGUGUUAUUAACAUCGCAGCAAGUCAUGCCUUGGAUGGUGGAUGGGGUUUGCACACCGACAGGGAUCCUCUAAUUCUACAGCCAUGCCCCCUCACGGUAACAUGGGAUGAUGGAAAACCUAUGGAUAUGCUCUGUGCGGAUUUAGAUGAUUGGAUAAAGCGUUUCGACAGCGAGCCUCUAAGUACGAGAGGAUGGGUUGUUCAGGAAAGACUUCUUUCACCGAGAAUUUGCCACUUCAGCGGAACCCAGAUCAUUUGGGAAUGUAACGAAGCAUUCGCCUCGGAAAGCUUUCCACUUGGCUUUACAUCAAACGAUCACAAGUUCAACAUCCGGAACCUUAGAGGUCUCACAUCGCUCACCACCUCGAGCGAGGAUCAUCUUAAGUGGGAUUGCUGGCGUGAUGUUAUCAGACAUUACUCCAGCGCAGGACUAUCUUUUGAGAGGGAUAAGUUAGUUGCCAUAUCAGGGAUUAUCCGAAGAAUGCGUGAUGUGUUUCAGACCGAGUACUUGGCUGGGUUGUGGUGGAAAGGCAUCGAGUAUCAACUGUUGUGGGCAGUCCACCGAGAAGGAAAGAAUAUGCCCACACGCAGUUCAGUGUUCAUUGCACCAACUUGGUCUUGGGCAUCUCUUAAUGGAGCCGAGAUUGACCUAUAUUCACACACAAAUACACAAACAACUCCGUCACUCUACCGAGGCCGUUACUUACUGUGCAGGGCUAUUGAUGCGCAGGUUGUCCCUGCAUCCAGCACCACAAUCUGUACAGACGGUCAUAUUCACAUGCAGUGUUUCUUGGUACCAGCGUUCAUUACUCCCAGCACGUUCGGCUGGUACGAUAUUGCAGUGCCAAUACAUGAGAAGCGCCUAGGACGACAGCCACUCAUUUCACUUUUCACGAUCAUCGAUGUACAUAUGACCAAUCGCGGAGAGCUAAAUUUUUGGUUAAUGCCAAUCUUAGACGGCUUGGAGGACAAACAUUUGGAAGGGCUCCUCUUAUAUUCAAACAAUCACGAAGAAGGUAUUUUUCGGCGUUAUGGCUCGUUUAGAUUACGGGGUGUCAUAGACCUCGAUAACCUCUGGAAGAGUGUCUUUGAGUUUGAGGCAUCGGCUUUGGAAGCAAGACACAGUAACAUAGGAUUGUACGACAAAGUCUGGAAGUAUCAGAUUGGAUCUAAGAAGGAAGAAAAAUAUGAGAAGUGUGAUGCUGU